AUGUCCAGCCCGCAUCCUGACCUCGAAAAUGCCGCACCCCCUGCACCGCUGACGCCCGCGCGCUCCAACCCGAGCCCUGCUGGCCCCGACCAAGAACAUCAUGGCCCCUUCUCAUCUCCUACCCCCGCCGACGCCAUCGCACUGCCUUCCCGCGCUGGCGAUCCGGAUCCCGCCGAUGAUUUAAAGACUCGUGCCGGCCCCAAGCAACCUAGUCGCUCGCUGCUGAGCCAGGCACUGGCAUCUGCCCGCGGCAUCCCGCCGACGACUCAUCAACAAGACGGCCCCGAUCGGCACAAGCCGCCGCCCAAGCCUCUUCUGCCGCCUGCCCCCCCCCGCGCGUCGCAAGACACGGAUCUCUCGUCUCCCGGCCAUGUUGCGCUCCGAGACGGCGACAUCGGGCCCUCUCUGAUCCAGCCCGUUGCCAUGGCUGCCCCCGCCACCAUCUCCAUCGCCCGACGCGAGCCUACCAGCGUGCCCUCGUCGUACGACCAGUCCGUCCUGACGCACGCUCGGGACAUGCUCCUCGACCACCGCGACUUCCUCGACAGGACCACGAGUAGGGCCUCGACCUCCCUUGAGCUGGACCGAUCGACUUCGGAUUCUUUCCACGCUCACACCUUUGCUCACUCCAGCGUCCCCGACGGCUCGUCAACGCCCACCAAGGCAUCUUCCUUCGAAUCCUUCGAGUCAACGCCCAUGCUGCCCACGCAACUGAUGCGCGACAUGCCACGCAAGUCUUCACAUCGCCCCAGAGCUGUCGAGCACGCGUUGACGCUGGGUUCCGAGAAGAAUGAAAAAGUCUGGUCUAUUGGCUCGGGCGAUGGCGAUGAAGAGGACGGCCUGGUCGAGCAAUCCGUCGCGGAAGCCAUGGCCGGCGUGGAGCCCAACGCACGGAGUCGCAAGGCCAGCUACAGCCUACGUUUCUUCAAGGAAGGGCUGCCGCCAGACGACAAGGGUCGUCGCAAGGAUGCCAAGCCCACUCAACGUGAAAAGCUGUCGCCGGCACUCGAGGAAGACGCCAGGGCACCGAGCGACGUCCCGGCAGACGCAUCCACGCCACCCGUCAUUCAGACCCUUUUCAUGUCUGCUGCGGGACGACAAACAUCUCGUCCCAUCUCGCUACAGACAGACUACUUUGACGUGCGAGGGAUCGUCACGACCAACCGUGCGGCCUCACCGACGCGGCCCCAACCGGUCAAACCCACCGGCCAGGAAGACGCCGACACUUCAAAGGUGCCUCAACAAGUGGGGCCGUGUCCGGCACUCGAGUCCGAGGGCGAGGCGAGUGAACCGGAGUCGGCUAGCGAAACGCGGGUUCGGAGUCAUCACGACGGCUCUGACGCUGAUGGGGACGCACAUGUCGAGGCGGACGCCGACGACUCGGGCGAGGAGAAGAUAUCCUCUGCCGUCUUCCUGCCUCACCAGGAGAUGCCCGAGGCCCGCAUGAAGCCGGGUGACGGCGUGGACCUUGUCCGUACCUCGCGACCCAGGUCGCUUUCGCAGAGUAAGACGCAUCCGUGGCUGGUCAAGGCCGAUGAGCCGGAGCCGGAGCCCGAAAUCCAUGACAAGGAUGAGCCGGCCUUUGGCUCUCCCACCUUGCGUCCCCGUGAGACUCCAGUGUCCCGCAAAGGCGACGUGUGCCUCGAGCCGUCGGAUCAGUGUGCUGUUGAGGACGAGCUCGAGGUCAAGUGUUCCAUGCCCGCGAGACUGCCCCGGGCCGUGACGCGAUACCAAGACCACGUGCAUGAGCACCAGCACCAUGCCCGAAAGCCCCUCGAAGCCAUUGAGCUUAUCCCAUACAAGCAUCAGGUGGGCGGUCACACCACCUUGUGGCGCUUCUCUCGCCGGGCCGUCUGUAAGCAACUCAAUAAUAGGGAAAAUGAGUUUUACGAGACGAUUGAGAGAUACCACCGUGACUUGCUCCCCUUCCUGCCCCGGUAUAUCGGUGUGCUGAAUGUAAUGUUUCAAAAGCAGUCCCGGCGGAAAAGCACUGCCCGAAAGGAUGACGCUGCCGCCGCCGAACGCAAGAAGAUCCUAGAGGUCAAGAAGGGGGACUGGGCAAACGGUCACGGCGGCGCAUCGGCCGAGCCUGGUAGCGGCGACCAGGCUCGCACAGUCCCGACCACCAGGGUCAUCAGCCAGUCCCUCGCCAACGCGAAUGUGCAGAUACCGACCGUGACGUUUGACGACAACAGGCACAUCCUUCCACGCAACCUCCUCCAGCCGACGCCGCCGCCCGAGUUCUUUCGUCGCCGAAGCAUCUCGACCUCGAGGGUGUGUGAUUCCUCGGCGCCGCAACCGUCCCCUCGCCCCCCGCUGGACGAGAGGCCCAACAGCUGGGGGGCCACGACAAUCAACAAGCGCCUCCGCAAUGAGGUGUUCAACGACGCUUUCCUCAAGGAGCCGGUCGAGAUCCAGAAGCACAGACGGCCUCAUCAGCGCUCGAUUCCACGGCCGACACUCCAGCGACUGCUUCGACCAUCCAACUCGGAUCCAAACCUGGCCCGCGAUAAGGAAGAAGAGGUGGUUUCUCACAUCGGCGAUGGUGUCCGGUCCAUUUCACCACUCAUGCGUCGGCAAGACGAAUCUCCAGCCGGCCUGGGCUCCAACGCUGGUCUCCUGACGGCCGACUUCCACAACGCCGAACUCCCAGUCAAGGACAUUACCGGCUCCAGCGCGCCAGAGCCGGAGAUAUUAAAGGUUAAUUUGUUAGGUCUCAAGAAAAAACGACGGUUCUCUGCUGGCGGGCUUCGACGAAGACCCGGAGACGUGCGCGAGUCCCGCGGCAGUCUCAAGUACUUUGAGGAGGCAGAUGACGCAGACUACAAGGCUGACCGCACUCCGCCCUCGUCACCAUCCCAAAGGGCCGCUGCUCAGAACGGAGAGGCGGAACCGGCGCUGAGCUACGACCUGGUCGACACGCAAGAGGCCGACGCCUCGGGGCCGUCAGAACUGCCCACCCCAACGCUGGAGUUCAAGAAGAUACCUCGGCCCAUCAAUCCCAAAGAGGCCAAGAUGGAUGCAAAGUCUCGGAGAGACCGCGCCGAAUACUUCUUGCUCAUGGAGGAUCUGACGGCUGGCAUGAAGCGACCGUGCAUGAUGGAUCUCAAGAUGGGCACGCGCCAGUACGGCGUCGACGCCUCGCCCAAGAAGCAAAAGUCGCAGCGGGACAAGUGCAGGACCACCACCUCUGCCGAGCUGGGCGUGCGCAUCUGCGGAUUGCAGGUCUGGAACGUACAAACGCAGAGCUUUGAGUUCCAAGACAAGUACUUUGGCCGCCAGGUCAAGGCGGGCAGGGAGUUCCAAGACGCGCUGCAAAAGUUUCUCUACAACGGGGUCGACUUGGAGAGCGUUUUGCGCCACAUACCGCUGGUGCUGAGGAAGCUGGCACAGCUGGAGCAAAUCGUCCGCGGCCUGCGCGGCUAUCGCUUCUAUGCCGCCAGCCUUCUCAUGUUUUAUGACGGCGACACGUCCGACGACGGUGGGUACGAGACCAUGUACGACUCGGCCACCGAUGGCGGCGCGACGGAUACCGAGGAGAUGUCUCGCAGGCAGGGGAGAAACCGCCGCGAAAUCGACUUCAAAAUGGCCGACUUUGCCAACAGCCUCACGCCGCUGGACAAGAUGGACGAUAAGCCGUGUCCGCCGCAGCACCCAGAUGAGCCGGAUUGCGGGUUUCUUAAGGGCUUGAGGAGCUUACGGCGAUAUUUCAUACAGAUCCAACGUGACGUCCGCGCAGACCUCGACUUGGCGUGUCACGGAUUGCGCGGACCUCGGUCUAAAUUCUCGACGCAGUCCGAGCAAGGCUCCGACCUUGACACGGACGAGAGCGACGACGACGGCCAGAUCAGCGUGUGA